AUGUCCAUCAACGUCAGCUCAUACGCAGAGAAGCAGGUAUCCAUAGAUCCAAGAUCCAUGAGAGAAACCACCCAAAAAUCAAAGUCAACUCCCAUUAAAGCAUUGCCUUCGUUUCCCACCACGUACAAGUUCCUUAACACCUCCGGAUCCCUCCCGAAUUCACCUCGCAUUGGUGGUUCGUCCAGGAUCAGAGAUGAUACUCGAAAUCAAACACCGGAUCAUAACACUUCCCUAUCUCGCUCUCCUCUCACCAGUCUUUCCAACAAUCGCCUUCAACGAAGCAAAUCUGGUGGCGAACAUAGAUCAUCUGUGCCAUAUAGUGGUUGCGAUCCUUGGGUAUCAGUUAAUACGAGUGGAGAACACAUGUCUUCGACAAAGAAUGGCAAUGGUCAGAAUGGAAAAACCAUCGUGAAAAAGGGUAAAAAACCUAACGACAUGGACUUUAAAUGCGGAGCUCUUUGCUUGUUUUUACCUGGAUUUGGUAAGGGUAAGCCAGUGAGAGCCAGAAGAGUGGAGCCCGAAGGAUCGAGACAAAUGAUCUCACAGAGGAUUUCACUUGAGAAAUUUGAGUGUGGAUCAUGGAGGUCCUCGGCUAUCCAUUGCGAUGAUGAGCAUUCAACUACUCUCUACUUUGAUCUUCCAUUGGAGUUGAUAAGAACAAGCGUAAGUGAUAGUUCUUUGCCCAUGAAUUCAGCUUUUGUGUUCAACAAGGGUGGUGUGAAAGGAGUUCUUAAGACCAAAGCGGGAUCAGUGGAAAGAAAAUCACAGGAGGAUCGCCAUGUUCGCUUUUCAACAUCUUCUCCCACGUCACAACCAACAUCGCCAACGUGCAUCACACCUCGCUUGCGAAAGGCUCGUGAGGAUUUCAAUGCCUUUUUAGAAGCUCAAAGUGCAUAA